UACUCCCCGCUCAGCAUGGAGUAUUUCCUACGGCUGCAGUUGCAGUGCAGUUCCGAUCCUGGCCGUAGGGGGCAGAGCAGAGCAGUAGUAGUGGUUGUAGUGGUGUCGUAGUAGUGUUAUUUGGUAGCAUAGUUGUUGUUUGCUGUGUCAUUGCUAGAGAUGAAUUGUGGCCUUCAGUUCCAUCUCCUGCUUUAUUUUGAUAUGUACUUGGUGGCUAUAACCUAAAAACAUUAAGAAAAACAGAGCUCGAUUAUAACAUUAGUCAUUUUCGUCGAAAAAAUGAGUGAACUUUCUGACCACAAUGCCUUUCCAAGUGGGAGUAACCUCACUAACUUUGAUGAGGCUCAAGAAGUCCCAUCCUGUAGUAGUUUCCGUGAUUUUACCCUCAGUGGUUUCACCUAUGAUCAACCCAAGAGACAAUGUUUGAAUAUUAAUAACCCUCAGAGGCAUGUAAAACCAAAUCAUAACCUUGCAAUUCCUGAGGCUGGUACAAAAGUAUCAACUCGUUCCGUGAGACGGGCUGGCCCUUACCUAUUGGGUCCGACUUUAGGUAACUCACCUGUCGAUAGCAUUGUUCAGUGUUUGGCUCGCAAAGAAGGAACUGACAACUUUUAUACAAUUAAGAUUCUCACACUUCAUGGUGGUGAGAAAAACGCAGACAGGGAGCAAGAUGAACGGCAGGGAAAAAUGUUACUUCACACAGAGUAUUCUUUACUCUCUCUACUAAGAAAUGAAGAAGGAGUUGUUCAACAUCAUGAUUUUUUCAAGGAUAUUGCGUUGGAGGAACAUGUUGAUCGUUCAAAGGGUCUUGUUUACACUGGUGGUAUCCACCAAAGAUUAUGCCUUGUACUUGAUUGUCUGACCCCUCAUGAUUUCUGUGAAAGAUCUCAAGAGUUAGUGAAUCUCCAACACUAUGUUAUCAUAGAAAAAAAGCUCUGUGAAUUGUAUGGUCUUAUUAUAUUUUACAAUGUGGUUAAAGUUGUUGAAAGGCUACAUGCUAUGAAUGUCGUUCAUCGAGAUCUAAAGCUGGGGAAUCUGGUGCUUGACAGAAGAAAUCACAAAGUUACAAUUACUAAUUUCUGCCUUGGAAAACAUUUAGCAAGUGAAAAUGAACGUUUACAGGACCAAAGAGGCUCCCCUGCUUAUAUAUCUCCGGAUGUUUUAUGUGGGAAACCAUAUCUAGGGAAACCCUCAGACAUGUGGGCUCUAGGAGUCGUUCUGUUUACAAUGCUUUUUGGCCAAUUCCCUUUCUAUGAUUCAAGCCCACCCCAGUUGUUUAAUAAAAUAAGGGCUGCGGAUUACACUAUUCCCAGUGAUGGAAGAGUGUCUGAGGGAACAAAAGAUCUGAUACGUCGAUUAAUUGUUCUGGAACCAGGAAUGAGGCUCACUGCCUCUCAAGUGUUGGAUGAGCUCAUUUGUAUAAUUACUGCCAGUCGUCCACUUCAUCGAGGAGAAGAACUUCAGGUUGUUCCUGACUGUGAUGAGGAUGAAGAGGAUAAAGUAAGUGGCAAACGAAUCGUCAGUCCCUCUGUGAUUUCAACAGAUGCUGUUGCUGGAGUUUGUAAAAACACAAUACGCCAACUUCAUAACUUACAGAAUCAAAUGGAUGAGAUUCAAAGAAAAGCAGAAGAAGCUCUCGCCAUGCUGGAGCCAAGACAAAAUAGAUUAGCACUUCAGCAAUCAUCAGGGAUCCAAAAUGUUAACAAUCAACAACAAUUAUCAGCAGACUUGGUUCCCUCUCCUCUUAUUGGAAACUCUGCACAUGUUCAUGGGCCUAGUGGUCUUCAAAGUUCCUCCCCAAUCUUGAGCAGAGUGUCCUGGCGUAACAUACCCACAAGGGUUGGCAGCCGAAUUCCUGUGCAGCGACUUGCAAGUGAUGCCAGAGAGCUGACGGCUGAAGAAAUGGCUCGCUUCCAUAAUCUCAUACCCACAACUAGAUCUUCAGCUCGCAAUGUUCCUGGGAUCAAUACAUCUUCUGGAACUUCAAACAAUACAGAUGGUACACAUGUGGUUCAGGAUCCUCUGUUGAAUAGUGUUUUGGAUGCAGUUCUCCACAACCAACCAACUGCAUCCCUUAACCCAGCCUCAAGUAUAGCUCAACGUCUUAAUGGGCUUGAGCAUGUUCGGACUAGCCUUGCACCUCAAGCAGUUCCUCAGGUUGCGCCUUCUCACCAAUUGCAAACUUUUUUGAGAAAUCCGUCACGGCAAGCCAACUCAAAUUCUCCCACUGUAAGGCAUGUUCAAGCCAACCACCUCUCUAGUUUAGGACGGCCAUCUAUCCAAAACCAUUUGCAAUUGCUUUCUAAUAAUCCAUCAAGCUUGUCUCAACCUGAGCCACCAGUUCGCAUGCAGAUACAAUGUCAUCACGAUCGACCUCAGCAUAGGCGACUACAGCGCACUGUUCCAAAUGAUAACUUGACUCCCAAUCAAUCCAGGCAGCGAAUAGUUCCAAAUGAUAAUCAAAAUAUUAGCCAGCCAAGAGCAUCAAGACCUUAUCAUCAGUUAUCUCCUGGAGUUCAGAGAAAUAUUGCUCGAAAUUUGUCAAUGAUUAUUCGUACUCAAUUUGGUCAUCAGUCUCGACCUGAAAAUUCUGCAGAUAGUACUGGCAGUAACGACCAAGAGCUCAAUGGUAAUCAGCCGCAAUAACAUACACCACCAUAAAGGUUUUGUAGAAAAAUUUGUUAUAUUUAUAAACAUGCAUGUGCAUGACUCAUGGAAUGGCAGAGUAAACAACUUGUUUUAUCUUUCUUUAUUCUUUAUCUGAGCUGCAACCUUAAUUCAGAUAAUAGCAUCUUAUUUUUACCUGUAGUUGACAACAGUCACUUCAUCCCCACCCCCCCAUUUUUUUUAAGAAUCAAGAUUGACCCAAGUUUGUUGUUAAAUUUUCAGUUGUAUUAUUUUUCAAGUGCAUGUAGAAAUUUAAGUGGUAUAGAUAACUAACAUAAUAUUGUAGUAAUGAGUAGUAAUGUAUUUCUACUAAACAUUUUUGUUGGUCUUUGCUGUAAAAAAACAAAAAACAAAAAUAAUGACAAAGUUGAUGUGCUCUUUGGUAUCAAAUUUUAAAGAAGUGAGACUGUGCUCAACGCAAUACUCCAAAAGUGGUCAUUUUUAACUCUGAAGGAGACCAGUUUUGUGAACCCACUCAAACCAGUGAUGAAACAUGAUAGCCAGAGCCUGAUUUGCAGUUCACCAUGUAGGUUGAAUGUGUGGGUAAAGGCUGACUCUAAUUUAAUUUCUAAAUGUUUUGGAUGAAUUGUGAAUGGAUGCAUCAACCAGGUUGCAUUGUAGGAAAUGAAAACAUGUGUGCGUUGCAUGCUUUACCGUAAUGUUUAUAUGUAUGUAUAUUGCUCUAGGGCUGCAGUGUUUGUAGGUACUCAUGUGAUAUUUUUGUGUUGUAUUGAGUAGAAUUUAAUGGGGCUGAUCUAUCCUCAUUGAUUGUGUUAGUUUAUUACAGGGUAUUAAUUAGAAUUCUCAUAUUACCCAACCUUGUGUUUCAUACUGUAUUGGUGAUAAAACUAAUUUUCCAUUCUUAAUAACUUGUUUCUAAUUCUCUUGAUACUUGAUUAUUUCAAAAAGUGCCUUUUUUUACUGUCUAAAGUAUUUUUUUUGGUUUUGUCAAAUGAAAGUCUUGCACUUAAAUUUGUGAUGAAAUGCUGUGUGCAUUUGUGUUCUUCUUAUCACUUGGUAUGUAUCACACUUUUGAAAAUUAUUUGAAAAUGUUAAGCAUGCUUUAUGCCUCGUUUAUUACCAUAUUGUGUAGUUUAUACAUGACUGUUUAAUGUUGACUGACACACCUACACACUUUUAUAACUAGAAGUAGGCUGUCUUUAUGUACAACUAAUGAGAUUUACUGUAUUGAAGAUUUUGUUUAUUAAGAACUUCUACGUGAUGCCUGUUUAAUCUCUUUUUUCAACUCAUAAGUUGUCAGGGGAUACAUGAGGUAUGGUAAAACGGAAGCAAUAAAUAACAGUGAACCAGAUAUUAUA